AUGACGAGGUCAACAGGAGUAGCUGCCACCAGCGCAGACGCGGUGCCGUUGGUUGAGGCAAUUCCGAUAGACAACGGAGGACGGCUGUCGUCCUAUGGAACCACGCAAGAUGAUACCACCAGUCUCCUCUUGGUGACACUACAUUUAACUGAGCAGCGGGGCAUCCGUGAUGAUGGUGACGACGAUGAGAGCAGCUCGUCUUCAUGGGCAUCGACAUGGUAUGGCAUGGUGGAAGAACGAUCGAUGUUGGAUCCACGAAGUACUGUCAUUUUGGUCAUGGCUGCAGUAGCGAUUGGCUACUCUGUACUUGUCUUUGGUGCAGUGUGUUGGGGCGCAAAGUCGUCGACAGGAGAUGACGCUCAACAACCCGUAUCAGCGAUGCUGCGUGUCAUGCAACAAGUGCAUCUGCGAAGUGGGAUUCUACAUUAA